AUGGCACAAGAGCUGCGUAACGUGGGCAUUUUUAUUGAUAGAAAACUUUUGAUAUUAAUAGUGCAACCUAUUGAGUGUCCCCAAGAAGCAAUCCAUGAGGUUGAGAUAAUGGACGAAGAACCAAUCCGAUCACAAUCCGAGGAUGAAAUAAUGAACCACACGCCUUCCCUCGAAUUUACAGAAAUACAGCAGAUCUCUUAUGACCCAAAUACGGAAUCAUCAAAUGAGAAUCUCGGCGAAAGGAGAUGCACUGAAUGUGCUCAAAUUUUCAAGGAGAUUGUCGAGUCGAUGGUGUCGGAGAGGAUGCGCGAGAAUUCGCUCAGAAGGACCCGAACGGUGCUGGGAAGCAAUGGGAAGGAGAUUGUGAAUCGUGUCCACGAUUUCAUCACUGAUUUGAAGAGAAGAGUGAGGGGGACAUGCGCGAAGGCGCUAUUCAAUGCACCUAGAGAAAUGACGGCACUUGCCCUGGGCAUCUCGCCUAUCACAGUAACUCGUAUGGACAAACGGCGGAACGCUCCGCAGCCAAGAAGACCUGUCCAUAAUCGGAAAACGAUGAUGUUGGCUGCUGUGAGAAGACACGGUCCCGUUUGGGGAGAGCUUGUAAAAGAAGCGAUACACCGUAGGCAUAGGGAGGAACAGGACCUGACCAUGGAGGAUCUGCACGAGGAGCUGUCCUUGAGGCACGAGAACUUUACUCUCUCGCUGUCCACCCUACGUAGGCUGGUGCGAGGACUAGGUUUCUCAUACAGGAAAAACGAUGGCCAGCGUCUUAUAUUUGAAAGAGCCGAUCUGGUCGCGAAAAGAAAAGAAUACCUGCGCGCAAUUGCAUUAGCAAGAGAAAGGGAGGAAUAUAUAGUUUAUAUGGAUGAAACGUGGGUCUUUAGCGGAAUGAGCAAGAAAAUGGGUUGGAAGGAUAAUAAUAUCCCAAGGUUCGCCCCGCAGUCCACGUUCGCGAGGUAUUCUUAUGGCCGGUCAGCUGGCAAGAAUAAAGGAAAACGGGCAAUCGUUAUUGGAGCCCUAGCUGAAGACGGCGUGAUUCCCCAGUGUACAAGGGUGUUUGUAAGUGGAAGGAUGACUGAUGACGGGGACUACCAUAGGGACAUGAACCACGCCUUGUACGAGGAGUGGCUGUAUGAGUGCCUGCCUAGCAUGAUUGAAAGGGCAAACGGGAGGCGCGUUUGUCUAGUAAUAGACAACGCGCCCUAUCACACGCGGCAGCUGGAAAGACUGCCAACAUCGUCGUCGACUAAGGCACAAAUUCAAGAAUACCUUGAACAGAAAGGGAUUGAAGUACCCGCGGGGGCCACGAAAGCCAUUCUAGUGGAAAAGCUCCGGAGCUACGUUAAUGCCCAAGGCGGGUAUUCCGCAUUGAGGAGCUAUGCUGCCGAGCGGAUUUGCAGUGAGUUGGGGGUGAAGCUUUUACGGCUUCCCCCCUUCCACUGUUUCUUCAAUCCAAUUGAAGAUUGUUGGAGCCAACUGAAAGGGUUCUUGAAUAAGUAUGGGAAGGUCAAUGAUGAUAUUGCCCUGAACACAACACUAUUAACAGAUAAAUUGCAGGUAAGGGAGAGGACGAUCAGAUGGCUUGGCACAGUCUCUGCACCCUUGGCCGGCGCAUGGUUCAAAGACGCGCGAACGCAAGAGAGGGAUGCCUGGGAGAAGAUCAUUGCCGACAGAGAAGAAGGAUACGAUUCUUCUUCUUCUUCUUCGAGCGAAUCUUGGUCCGAAAGCGAAUAUGACUCCGAAGAAAUGGAGUUUUCGGAUUCAUCAUAA